AUGGACGCGCUUGCACCCGCGGACCUCGAAGCAGAGCCAAAGACGCCGCUCCUGCGCAAAGCGGCGCGCGCCCACGCCCGCGUCCCGUAUCUGCGCCAUCUGCCGUUUGCGGCCGUGGCCGUCAUUGUCGCGGUUGCGGGCGUGAAUGCGCUGGUGUGGGCUUGUGUGGGGGGCGUGCUGCAUUUCCAUCCGGCCCUCAUCUCGUCGUGCGUGCUGUCGUACACGCUGGGGCUGCGGCACGCGCUGGACGCGGACCAUAUCUCUGCCAUCGACCUCAUGACGCGCCGCCUCAUCGCGUCCGGCCAGCGCCCCGUCACCGUCGGCAUGUUUUUCUCGCUCGGCCACUCGACCAUCGUCAUAAUAACGUCCAUUGUCGUCGCCGCCACCGCCUCAGCCCUUACCUCUAGAUUCGACUCUUUCUCGCGCAUCGGCGGCAUAAUCGGGUCCUCGGUGUCGGCAGCCUUCCUACUAAUCCUCGGCCUCGCAAACACGUACAUCCUCUUCCGGCUAGUGCAGCAGUUGCAGCGCCUCACGCGCACAGCGCCCGACUCGCGGGCCGAAGCCGCGUACAGCAGCCCAGGCCUCAGUCUCCAAGCCAGCGGCGGCUGCAUGUCCUUGCUGCUGAAACGCGUCUUCCGCCUCGUCGACCGCCCCUGGAAAAUGUACCCCCUCGGCGUCCUCUUCGGCCUCGGCUUCGACACCAGCUCCGAGAUUGCGCUCCUCGGGCUCGCGAGCCUGCACGCCGCUGGUGGCACCAGUGUUUGGCUCAUCCUGCUGUUCCCGGCCCUCUUCACCGCCGCCAUGUGUUUGCUGGAUACGGCCGACGGCGCGCUCAUGAUGGGCUUGUAUACCAGUGCGCGUCUGGCGAGCGAUACGCUCGCCGUCCUGUAUUAUAGCGUCGUGCUCACUGCGCUGACGGUCGUGGUGGCCGUCGUGAUCGGCGCGAUCCAGUUGCUCACGCUCGUGGCGAAUGUGGCGCACCCCCAGGGCGUGUUUUGGGACGGCGUCGACCGCGUGGGCGAGCGCUAUGAGGUUGUUGGCGCCGCCAUUUGCGCCUCCUUCCUCGUCGUCGGCGUCGCCAGCGUCGCGCUCUAUGGCCCCUGGCGCGCGCGCAUCGAUCGCCGCCGCGCGCUGCUGGGCCAUGAUGACGACGAUGAUGGCGACGACAGCAGCAACACCAACACCAACAUUAAUGGCCGGGAGACGUCGGCGCUGAGCGCUGCUCCUGGUGGUGGUGGUGGUGGUGGUGCUGAUGAUGGGGAUGAGUGUGGCAGGGGCAGUGGCAGUGGUGCGCAGAGAGGGGAUAUGAAAGGCAAGGAUGUGGGCGUGGGCGUGGGGGAGAGGGCGUGAGUGAGUGCGGAGGAAAGGGAAAGGAGAAUGUGUUUUAUAUGUGUGUGUUGGGGAAUGAAUGAACUCAUGAAGAAAUGGAAGCAGUACCUAGUAGUGUGCGAGGCGCAGUGGCUGUUGUCUUGCUAUUUCUUCCAUGUUUCAGUGUGAAUGCUUCCUGCUGACCAGCUUGCACCAUCCACAGACCACCAAGAUACAUGCACAUGCACAUGCACAUGCAUGCGCACAUAGCCAGCCAGCGAUGUAUCCACGCAGUAAUCCA